CGUCACUUCCGCUGGGGGCGUGGCGUGGCGGAGGGUGGUGCUUGUCGUCCCAAUGUUUGGGGUCGGAACGCCGCAGAUGCGAAAGGACGGCCCAGCUGGUGUGGACAACAGCGCCCGCGGGAGGCGAGUGGCGGCCGCGGCGCCCCUGACUGCUGCCUGCGUCCCGGUAAGACCAUGAAUUAUGGGAUUCUUAAAUGAAGCAUUCAGGAGUGAAAGUAAAGAAUGUCAUAUAGAAAAUAAAUGAUUUUUAAGUUAUGUCUAUUAAUUUGACUCUAGAUAUAUAUAUUUACCUCCUUAGUAAUGCAAGAAGUCUUUGUGGGAAGCAAAGAAGCAAACAGCUGCAUUUUGUGUGUUCUAAACAUUAUUGGCGCAUGAGCCAUAUCAAUGUGUACAGAGAUUUUCACACAAGUAAGAAAGGCUGUAAAUGGAACAAAAGUGAAGCACAUUGCAGUAAGCACUGGCACUCUGCAAGCAACUAUGGGUUACAUGUUGGAAUUUUGAAACUUAGCACUUCUGCUCCCAAGAGACUUCCAAAAGUGAGCAUUCAUAUGUCCCGUAUUAAAAGUACUUUGAAUUCUGUUUCAAAGGCUAUUUUUGGCAGUCAAAAUGAAAUGGUUUCACGGUUAGCUCAAUUUAAGCCAAGUUCUCGAAUAUUAAGAAAAGUAUCAGAUAGGGGCUGGUUAAAACAAAAAAAUGUUAAACAAGCCAUCGAAUCUCUGAAAAACUAUAGUGAUAAAUCAGCAGAAAAGAAUUCUUUUGUGGAACAGAAAAGUUACCUCGCAGAUAAAGAAGAUUUAGGUAAACACGGCCUUUUUCAUUACACAUACAAUAUAACCACCAGAUUUGGAGAGUCAUUCUACUUUUUAGCGAAUCAUAUUAAUUCAUACUUCAAGGGCAAGGAAAAUAUGUCUCAAGCAAAGGAAGAUAAACAUCUUCAGGACAAACCAGAACUUGAAGAAGGAAAAUCCAGUUCACCUGGCUCUGACAUCCUGACAGACAUGCCAGACUCAGGACCUCUCCUAGAUGCUGAAGACAAACCUUCCAGCCCUAGCCAGAUGCUUGAGGUUCUCCCAGUGUCUACAAAACAAAGUAUCGCUAGCUUCCUUUCUCGUCCCACGGAAGGAGUACAAGCCUUAGUCGGUGGGUACAUUGGUGGACUUGUACCCAAAUUAAAGUCUGACUCAAAGGGUCAGCCAGAAGGACAGGAAGAACCUGCUAAAACUGAGCACGGUGUUAGCAAAGACAAGAAGGCAGAGGAGAAAAAGCGUAUGUCACUCCAGCGAGAAAAGAUUAUUGCAAGAGUGAGUAUUGAUAACAGAACUCGAGCCUUAGUUCAGGCCUUAAGAAGAACAACCGACCCAAAGCUCUGUAUUACUAGAGUUGAAGAACUGACUUUUCAUCUUCUAGAAUUUCCUGAAGGAAAAGGAGUGGCCGUCAAGGAAAAAAUUAUUCCAUAUUUAUUACGACUGAGGCAAAUUAAGGAUGAAACUCUUCAGGCUGCAGUUAGAGAAAUUUUGGCCUUAAUUGGUUAUGUGGAUCCAGUGAAAGGCAGAGGAAUCCGAAUCCUUACAAUUGAUGGUGGAGGAACGAGAGGUGUGGUAGCUCUUCAGACUCUGCGGAAGUUGGUUGAACUUACUCAGAAGCCAAUUCAUCAGCUCUUUGAUUACAUCUGCGGUGUAAGCACAGGGGCCAUAUUGGCAUUUAUGCUGGGAUUGUUUCACAUGCCACUGGAUGAAUGUGAGGAACUCUAUCGAAAGUUGGGCUCAGACAUCUUCUCACAGAAUGUUAUUGUCGGGACCGUCAAAAUGAGUUGGAGCCAUGCAUUUUAUGACAGUCACACGUGGGAAAAGAUCCUUAAGGAUAGAAUGGGAUCUACACUAAUGAUUGAAACAGCACGAGAUCCAGCAUGCCCCAAGGUUGCUGCUGUAAGUACCAUAGUAAACAGAGGACUAACACCAAAAGCUUUUGUGUUCAGAAACUAUGGUCAUUUUCCUGGCAUCAACUCUCACUACUUGGGAGGCUGUCAGUAUAAAAUGUGGCAGGCCAUUAGAGCCUCAUCAGCUGCUCCAGGCUACUUUGCAGAAUAUGCUCUGGGGAAUGAUCUUCAUCAAGAUGGAGGUUUACUUCUGAAUAACCCUUCAGCCCUGGCCAUGCAUGAGUGUAAAUGUAUCUGGCCAGAUGCCCCAUUAGAGUGCAUAGUAUCUCUGGGCACAGGACGGUACGAAAGUGAUGUGAAGAAUACCGCAACAUAUACAAGCCUGAAGACCAAGCUCUCUAAUGUUAUCAGCAGUGCUACAGACACAGAGGAAGUCCAUAUAAUGCUUGAUGGUCUGUUACCUCCUGACACAUAUUUUAGAUUCAAUCCUGUCAUGUGUGAAAACAUACCCCUAGAUGAAAGUCGAAAUGAAAAGCUGGACCAGCUGCAGCUAGAAGGGAUGAAGUAUAUAGAAAGAAAUGAACAAAAGAUGAAAAAAGUUGCAAAAAUAUUAAGUCAAGAGAAAACUACACUUCAGAAGAUCAAUGACUGGAUAAAGCUGAAAACUGACAUGUAUGAAGGCCUUCCAUUCUUUUCAAAGUUGUAAGUAGGGCACACGUGUUCUCAUAAACGAAGGCCGUCAAGAGGCCCACCAAAUAGAAUACGGAACUGUGAGAAAACAACACGAGUUCUCUGUGAGAUACUUAGUGAAUUCAGGCAAACCCUGAAACACAGGUAAUAUUUUGAUCAGCUUACAAGCUCACAAAAGAUAUGUUUGGCUAUGGAAGUUAUGGAAAGUUAUAUGGGAACUAGGUAUUUAAAGUGUUCAUAACCUUUAAGCAUUUUAUUACUAUGCUAGUUGGUUUUAGUAUCGUAUCUAUUGGCCUUAAA